GCUCUGUGAUUUUAGGACGUUUCUGUUGGCUCUCGUCUGAUCAGUACAUCAGCUGAUGUAUUGAUAUCAGCUGAUGUAUUGAUGAGUUCAUAGUCAGCUGAUGUUUCAGUGAGUUUAACCCCUCGGUGUCUGCUCAGGGAUCAUUGAGCGGGCGGGCGGCUCCAUGGAGGAGGAGAUGGGGCAGCUGCGGCGCUCCGGCUCUCCGGCAGAGGGCGAGUUUUCGCUCAGCGACGUCUUCUACUUCUCUAAGAAAGGUUUGGAGAGCAUCGUGGACGACCAGGUGACGCAGCGCUUCUCCUCCGAGGAGCUGGCCUCCUGGAACCUCCUCACCAGAACCAACCAGAACUUCCGCUACAUCAGCCUCCGCCUCACCGUCAUCUGGGGGCUCGGCGUCUUCGUGCGCUACUGCGUCCUCUUCCCGCUCAGGAUCACUCUGGCCCUCAUCGGCCUCUCCUGGCUCGUCAUUGGGACCGUGCUGGUUGGAUUUAUGCCUAACAGCAGUGUGAAGAACUGGCUGAGCGAGCUGGUCCAUCUGACCUGUUACAGGAUCUGCGCUCGAGGACUCUCAGCCACCAUCCACUACCACAACAGGGAGAACAAACCUCAGAAAGGAGGAAUCUGCGUCGCCAAUCACACGUCGCCCAUCGACGUGGUGAUUCUGGCCAACGACGGCUGCUACGCCAUGGUGGGUCAGAUCCACGGCGGCCUGAUGGGGGUCAUCCAGAGGUCCAUGGUGAGGUCGUGUCCUCACGUUUGGUUCGAGAGGUCGGAGAUGAAGGACCGCCACACUGUGACCAGCAGGCUCAGAGCUCACGUCGCAGCAAAGACCAAACUUCCCAUCCUGAUUUUUCCUGAAGGAACCUGCAUCAACAACACUUCAGUCAUGAUGUUCAAGAAAGGAAGCUUUGAGAUCGGAGGGACCAUCUACCCCGUCACAAUAAAGGUACAACUCAUGAAGAUUCAAUCCCAGAAAUUACAUAAAGGAAAUUAUUUUGGUGACUUGUGACAUCAGGCCUCAUGAAGCAACUCUCC